CAAACCUACAUUAUUUUAGUUCUGCGCUACUGUAACGACAUGAGUUAGCAAUGGUUGGAACUUGGUACAUGACGGGCAGUCGCAGACAAGCUCUACACUCCCACCCUACACCCACUUGACAUGAUGGAACCUUGUCGAGUUGAGUGUGCGUUACCAAACGAGAAGGACUGAGUGAUUGUACAACGCUGCAAAGAAUGUGCUUUAGCUGAAAUCACUGGCAUAUGUUGAAGACUCGUUUCGCGUUUGGAGAACCUAAUAAGAGGCACAAUGGAUCAGGACUGCAUUGUCUCUGGUGCCCCUGCUGGCCCGGUCGUCCAAGUAUGCUUCCCCAGUGUGCGUGCAGCAGUUUUGGACAGCCUGAAUGGACAGCGGGAGGAGGGCCGGCUCUGUGACCUCUCCAUCCAGGUGCAGGGACAGGUGUUCAGGGCCCACCGCUGUGUGCUGGCUGCCUCCUCGCCAUACUUUCACGAUCAGGUGUUGCUGAAGAAUGUGACGACAGUGUCUCUGCCCUCUGUCAUGGACCCUGUGGCCUUUGAGAGUGUCCUGAGUUCAGCCUACACCGGCCGACUGAGCAUAGUGCGUGAUGACAUUGUCAACUAUGUAACGGUAGCCAGCUUUCUCCAGAUGUGGCAUAUUGUUGACAAAUGCACAGAGAUCCUGAAGAGACUCCGACCCCCAACAGAAUGCAACCCUGUGGAUGUUGCAGCUGCCACACGCCAUGGUGCCUCCUCAAGGCAGCAGUCCCCAAGCAGCACCGAGUGCCUAUACAUGGAGAGAGAGGGGAAAGAGAAGGAGACGAGAACCUACGGCCAGGUGCAGAAUGCUCUGCCGCCAUUGGCCACGUGGAGGAGGCCCCAUCAGUUCCCCAGGUGGGGCCACCCCAGGCCCUCACCCCAGCCAGCCAUGUCCAUGCCUGUCCAGCACCUAGCUGACUCACAGCUGGACUCCCACCCUGCUGGGGAGAGUGACUACUCCAGCUGUGAGGAGGUGUGGAUGUCCAGCCACAGCAAAGCCAGCCCCCUAAGCCACCAUGAUGGGAGAGGACUGGACCAUAACCACACCAGGCACGGGGGAUUUCCUGGUGAGGCAUUGAGACUGAGAGCUAGACAGAGACAGAGGGCAGCACCACCAAGUGCUGAGAAGCUGCAUGGCAGGGAUAGAGGAAGUGGCUAUGGGGAAGAUCCUCAGGAGAAGAAGGGGACUGAAAGAGUGAUUGAAGCAAGUGAAGGAAUGGGAAAAGAGUUGGAAGAGGAGAAGAGGGAGGGUCCUGAGCUGAGAGGACAAUUUGUGGACUUCCACUCUAGUGUACACCAAGGUGAGGAGGGAGGACAGCCAGAGGGGAAAAAGACCUCAGGGGAGCUGCAGAAGAAAGAGGAGAGACAGUUGGGGAGAAGUUCAGCCCUGACUUCUCCCCAUGCUGGGGAACCAGAUGAGGUGAUUCCUGGACCCUCCUGCUUAGCUUCUACACCCUCUACCCAAAAGCAGUGGCAGGCGAGUCCCUGGUCUCAGCAAGUAGCUAGGCCGCAACCUGGAGAAGAAGACUACAGAAGAGAAGACGACGAAGAAGACGACGAGGGGGAAGUGGACUUUGACCGAUUUGCGGAUGGUGCCUUUGGAAGGGAAACCUAUGAUGAGAUUGAGGAUGGCACCGGACAAGUUUCUCAGAGACCCUUAGUACCUACCUCUCCUGAUGACAGUGACUUUAUCCUGGGGGCCCCAGGGUUGAACUGGCCCAAUGGGGCAAACAUGACCCAUGGUGGUGGUACCCCAACCUCCACCUCCAGCUGCCACCUGUCCCCAUCUCCUGCUCCAUUCCCCCCUUCCUCCUCACCCCCCAUCCCAUCUUCCUCCUCUUCCAUCUCCCUUGCCGGGGCUCCUUACACAGGAAAAGUGCACUUCUGCCACUGUGGGAAGGCCUACACCCUGAAGAGUAUGCGUGACCGCCACGUCAAGAUGCAGCAUCUCAACCUGCGGCCCUUCGCCUGCCCCGUGUGCGCCAAGAGCUUCAAGAUGAAGCACCACCUGACCAAGCACCUGAAGACUCACGGCGGGCUGCGGCCCUAUGAGUGUGGCCUGUGUGGGAAGAAGGUCAUCUGGAGGGAUAGUUUUCUGCGCCACCAGGCACGCUGUGAGAGACUGGCCGAAAGCUACGAUGGAGCCGCUGCCAGUAGUAACACCACAGCGGCUGCUGACAUGGACGAUGGUUAUGCCUAUGGGUUCAAGGAGGGGGAGUUUUUUUUUUCACAGGGCGGUCAGGUGAAAGUGGAGCAGGCAGACUGUCAGGGGGAGGUGGAGUCUGGGAUGAGUGCUUUGUUAACGGGUGGGGUUGGGGCUGAAUUAGGCUCUCAGUCAAGGACUGUGGUUAGUCACAGCUUUAAGGAGGAAGCCAGCAACAGGUUUAGCUGAAGCUAAAGGAAGGAGGAUGGUGAAAUAUUGUGUAAUAUAGGGCCCGCAGCACUUGAAAGUGGUAUUAGGUAAGGUGAUAAUUAUGUUCAUCAUGGUCCAUGUGUAAACCAUUAACUCAGAUCCAUGUUGAUACGCCUGUUUGAACAACUUGUAUGAGGGAGAUUUCUGCGUUAUUAUUUAUUUAAAGGACUAUCCCAUCAUGUCAUUUGAUAUCUCGAGAGAGGAAAGAAACAUGUAAUUUGCUCAAUGUGAAUCAUGUGGUUUUAAAAGUUUGUGAAGUGUGAUGUGAGCACCAGUGAGUGUGUAUAUUUUGCAUAUGAGAUCUUCAGUUUCUUGCCAAUUUCUCUCAUGGAAUUGCCUUCAUUUCUCAGAACAAGAAUAGACUGACGAGUUUCAGUAGAAAGUGCUUUGUUUCUGGCCAUUUUGAGCCUGUAGUCGAACCCACACAUGCUGAUGCUCCAGAUUCUCAGUCCGAAGAAGGCCAGUUUUAUUGCUUCUUUAAUCAGAUCAACAGUUUUCAGCUGUGCUAACAUAAUUGCAAAAGGGUUUUCUAAUGAUUAAUUUGCCUUUUAAAAUGAUACACUUGGAUUAGCUAACACAACGUGCCAUUGAAACACUGGAGUGAUGGUUGCUGAUAAUGGGCCUCUGUACGCCUAUGUAGAUAUUCCAUAAAAAAUCUGCCGUUUCCAGCUACAAUAGUCAUUUAAAACAUUAACAAUAUCUACACUGUAUUUCUGAUCAAUUUGAUGUUGUGUUAAUGGACAAAAAUGUUGCUUUUCUUUCAAAAACAAGGACAUUUCUAAGUGACCCCAAAGUUUUGAUCGGUAGUGUAUGUAUACAGUACCAGGCAAGAUUUUAGACAAACCUACUCAUUCAAGGGUUUUUCUUUGUUUGUACUAUUUUCUACAUUGUAGAAUAAUAGUGAAGACAUCACUAUGAAAUAACACAUAUGGAACCAUGUAGUAACCAAAAAAGUGUUGAACUCUUCAAGAGUGUGUAAAGCUGUCAUCAAGGCAAAGGGUGGCUACUUUGAUUAAUCUCAAAUAUAAAAUAUAUUUUGAUUAGUUUUUAGGUUAAUAUGUGAUUUCUUGUGUGUUAUUUCAUAGUUUUGAUGUCUUCACUAUUCUACAAUGUAGAAAAUUGUAAAAAAAUAAAUGAAUACCCUUGAAUGAGUAGGUGUGUCUAAAAUCUUGCCUGGAACUGUAUUUUAUAUAUAUAUAUGUUUUUUAUCUAGUUGGAUAAACACUCCAAACAGCCUACCUGACCGCUUGGAGGUGUCCGCAUGGUCCUAAUGUUGCCUAUUUUUGUAUCACAUUCCCAAUGAUAAAACUGGGGGGGACAAAAAUGCAAUUUCCCCAAUGAAAGUUGCGUCCCUGAUAUUUUGUAUAUUUAAAUGAGCUAAAUGAUCUUAUCAUGAGCCUUCUGUGAAUGUAAUUGAGACAAUAAAAUCUUGUUUGCACAGA